GGGUUGUAGGGGCUGCAGUCCCGUGUGGUGUAAGCACACCCACAGUGCUGUGAGGGAGGGAGUUCCAGGAUUCCGACCCAGAGACAGUGAAGGGAGAUUUCCAACUCGGCCCGGUGUCACACUUUGUCUGUCAAGACUCUCUCUGCCUUGGGCUGGGGCUGGUGCUGGUGCUGGAUAUGAAUUCAAGGAGGUGUGGUCUGCGGCUGAGCCGCUCCCCUGAAGAGACCAAGUCCAGUUCCUGUCACUUCCCACCUAGGUGAACGGGACAUAGGGGAACAACACAUCACACCCUCAGGGCUCUUAAUUACCGCCUCAAAGUGGCUGGACAGGAGUUCCCAAUCCUGUCCCGUCAGGGGGUCCGGAGCAGGAAUCCGUCCGAAAGAAGCCAAAACCCGGAAGCAGCUCAACUUCCCUGAAACUUUUUCACCAGUGAGAGGAACGAUAAAGUUUUGCAGACCUCCUGCAGCUGCGGUGCCAGACCAGAAGAUGUCCAUGCGGAAGCGAAUCCAGCUGAAGGUCGUCCUUCUGGGAAAUUCUGGAGUGGGGAAGUCGGCCCUCAUGAACCUGUAUGUGAACAAACGCUACAGCAACUUCUACAAAGCGACGAUCGGGGCGGACUUUCUCAUCCGGGACAUCACCUUGGACGGCAAAAAUAUCACCGUGCAGGUGUGGGACACCGCUGGGACUGAGCGCUUCCAGUCCCUGGGGUCGGUGCUGUACAGGGGCGUCAACUGCUGCAUCCUGGUGUUCGACGUGACCUCGGAAGCCUCCUUCCGGGCUCUGGAUGGCUGGUGGAAGGAGUUUAUUCUCCAGGCCGAUCCCAGGGACCCUGAUGGCUUUCCCUUCGUUGUCAUCGGCAAUAAGACUGAUCUGAGCAGCAUCAGGGCGGUCUCCACCAAGACGGCGGAGGACUGGUGUAAAGCGCGCAGGCUGGCCUACGUCGAGACCAGCGUGAAGGAGGCCCUGAACGUCGAGGAGGCGUUUCGGGAGUGCGUGCGGCUCGCAUUGAAACAGUUGAAGAGCGAGGACCCGCACGUGGACCAGCCCGUCCAGCUGCAGCUGAACCCAGGCGAUGCGAAGCCACUGGGGCUGUGUGGCUGCAGAUGACUGCGAGGCUCCAUGGCCCACUUCCUCCGCCCCCCCCCACCCCAGACUCUUCUCUGCCGGCCGCUGCGUGUGCUCCAAGUCGGCCUUGCACUUUCUGUCCUCUCGCCUUUCUACUUUGUCCCCUUCCGAUGCCAGGGCCAAGGAGAUGAGGCUGGGGUGCUCAUGAAGGACCCGUUGAGACUGGGUCUCCCCCAGGGCCUGAGUUGAAGGGAAGUGGAGUUAAGUAAGUCUGGGUUGGAGUGCGCAAAAACUCCCUACUUAUAUCGUCACUUGAUAAUGUAUAAAACGUGAAUAUUGCUGUACCAGAGGGGCAUGCUGUCGAAGAAUUUCAUUGUGCACUCAACAGAGCAGACUUAAGAAUUGUAAAUUUCAGAGGGAAUGGGGCAAGGAAAAAGGGUGCUGAUUGUGGUUGGUUUGCACCUCCUCGACUGCAAUUGAUGUGCCAGCCCAUCAGCGCCCUUUCCUCCUGCAGCAUCGACUGUCGCCCCCUCUGAAAUUUGGCACUCUUGCAUUUGGCCUGAUGAGUCCAACUCGAAAAGCUUCGACAGCGCCCGUCCUUCUCUCAUUCUUCGACUCCCUGCUCGUUCGAGCGUGCGUUCGCCAGAGACCAGCGCGGGACCUUCCAGAGCACAGGAGGGGAUGAAUGCCGACUGCACUCUAAACUGCUCUCGUUUCACUUGCGUGGGUGGGCCUGACCGUCGACGGUGAAUUGUAAUUAAGCUGUAUCGUUCAGUAGCCAAUGAGUAAACACUAAAGACUGGUUAACGAUG